AUGCAGUCAUUGCGCACACGCAGGCCCUCUGAGACGCGCACCGUCAAACGUCAGGCGUCCAAACUCGAGAAGAAACCUAUCAAUAAGAAUGUUCGCAAGUCCACCGUCGAUGACAAGAUAAAGAAGCGCAUGUCACUGCGCUAUGCAGAUAUAUCUGCGCCCACCGAAGCUUCUGUUCCGGAUGUGCCAAGUGUUCCCAUUGGGCUGCGUCCAGGUGCAGUGAGGGACCCAGAUGAGCUUGUCUUGGAACGUGCCAGCAUCAGAGAGGACCCGAAAGUUAUAGAUCAGAGGUUGCUGGACAAGGAAGACUUUGAUCCAGACACUUAUUUGAAGGCCAAACUGGCUAACUCGACCGAAGCGGAGCUUAGGUCUCUCCAGUCUUCACUCAGAUCGUCCAAGGAUGAUACUGCUGUCGAACUACAGCGGAAUGUGUUUAAAAACUAUGCCGAAUUCGUACAUAUUUCCAAAGAAAUUUCUGUCCUCGAGAACGAAGUGCUCGAACUCAAAGAAAGUCUUUCUGAAUGGAAGUCUAUGCCGAGCCUUUUGCACAUUGAUGAAUCCGCCUCUGCUUCGGAGCGGCGGCGCAACGUCCGUUCAUCUAUUGCGGACCUUCGCGUGCUCUAUGCGAAUCAGAUGCAGACACUGCACACUCAAAUCGAGGGCUCUGCGAAAUUUGCUCCAACAACGCCAGGCAGACAUGUAAUUUACGAAAUGGACGGGAUAUAUGCUCUCAACGCGGCAACUUACAGGGUUAGUAACACUGUUAAGUUUGUCGUACUAGAUGAUUCUGUGCUCGUCGCGAAGAGGAGGAGGAGGAAUAACGGAGAAGGGGGACGGCUGGUAGCAGAGAGAUGUUGGCCUUUGAAUGAGAUGUUAGUUUUGGAUACGAAAGAUACAGCAACCAUGACAAACGUCUUUAAAAUUCGCCAUCAAAAGGAGACAUAUGUUUACAGAACAGAGGGACCCUCUGAUAAGAAGACUCUGCUUGGACAGUUCCGCCAGGUUGCUGAAGAACUUGCAAUCCGCAAACGCAGGGAGCGUGAAGGCGAGCACGAGCGAUGUAAGAGCAUGUGGACCAGUGGAGAUCGCACCUCUAUGACAUUGCAUCCUGACAAGGUGCCGCCCCUUCCUGACUGGAUGGCUGAGCUUGCCCGCAAAGCGGGCGUUGACGGGGAUACUAGCGCACGGGACAAAUCCGAGAGCGAUGCUCGCUUCAUCAGUGAUUUUUCGGACGACCUCACAGUCGCCAUCGCUCUACGAUCCUGGGAACGGGCCGUUCAGCUAGUGGAGGAAGGUCGUGCCAAAGUUUCUUCCAUACCGUCAUUGAGCGCCAAGCUCACUCCUCUUACGGCGAGCCUCACCUCAGCACUACUCGAUGCACUCAGUGCGCCUGGGAACCGCAAGAAUACUGCAGUGAACCUCAUUGGUCACUUGUUAAAGCUUGGACAAGGUCCAGCUGCGAGGUCGACAUUCUUAAAUGCACGAGCGGGGGCGGUGGACCGGUACGUCAGGGCCAUCAGAUUCGAAGGACAUGUCGGGAUGUAUGUGCAUGAUUUGGCUUUAGUCGUGUUUACUGGGAUCAAGCACACAGCAGAUUGGUUCCUCGCGGGCUUUGUAGAGCAUGAUAUGACUAGCACUUUGAUUGACUGGGCCAAGAAACAGAUUGAGAUGUAUGCUGAAAGGUUCAGAAAGCAGGUCUAUAGUUCCGAUGUUGAACAGCAGACUAUCAAAGAAGCACUCAAAAUCACAUACAAUCAGAGUCGCAAGCUCCUACAAGAAUUUGGGCUUGACUUCCGCUAUCUCCUUGACGAGCUUCUAGUCCAGGACCCCCAGACCAACGACACCUGCGUUGUUUCCGCUACCUUCCAUGCGCCUUCCCUAGCGCCCUCCAUUUCACGCUCGCACACACCACAAUCUACAUUAUCCUUUGUGUCUUCCUCAACGCCUCCCAUACCUCCAAUUCCAAUUCCACCUACACCUGACUCGCCUGCUCGC